AAAAUCCAAUAUGGAAGUAAAAAGUUGAAAGUGAAAAUUAUCACAGCAUUUUCACUGAAUGUGUUUAAAUGGGAAGAUGUGACAUGAGCAAAAAAGAUCCAAAAUGAACAUUAACUAUUCUAGUCAGACAAAGUAUUAGCCCAAGUCUUAUGAACCUAGUCUAUUCCUUCCACCAGUACACAGAAUAUGGCAGAACGAGACAAUGAACCAGUCGUGGAAUCUACAUAUUUAAUUCACGAGCCAUUAUAUGGACAGGGUAUUCUUGCCACGCUUAAUAAGUACAGAAUCUCAGGGACUUUUACUGACGCAAUCAUAACAAUUGAACAUGAGGAAUUUCCUUGUCAUAGAGGGGUCCUAGCUGCUAGCUCCCCAUACUUUAUGGCACUAUUCUCCAGUGAUUUAAAGGAGGGGAAAGAGGCAAGAGUUGUAUUCAAAGACAUGUCAGCUUGGACUGUCAAGAGACUUAUCGAAUACGCAUACAGUGGUAGUUUAGAAAUCACCGUAAACAAUGCCCAGGAGAUACUGGCAGCAGCUAAUCUUCUAGAAUUUCCUGUAGUCGUAGAUGCAUGUUGUAGGUUUCUAGAGACUCAGCUUCAUCCAACAAAUUGUCUGGGUAUUGAAAAAUUUGCUCAAUUACAUUCUUGUGAUCAUUUAGCGAAAAUUGCUCACAAGCAAGCUUUGGAAAAUUUUAGCUCUGUCGUGGAGUCUGAUGAGUUCCUUAAUUUGAGUGUUGACAUUCUAUCACACUACAUAUCAAGUGAUCAUAUAGACGUUAGGUAUGAAGAGACUGUAUAUGAAGCAGUCAUAAAAUGGAUCAAGUCAGAUAUUGAUAUUCGUGUGAAAUAUCUUCCUGAACUUCUGCAGCAUGUACGCCUUCCAACUGUUGAUCUGAAAUAUCUCGAAGACAUUGUGGAGAAGGACUCUCUUAUUCAAAGUUCUGUUGAAUGCCGAGCAUUUGUCCAAGAUGCCAAACUCUACCACGAAACAAAAACAGAUCAAAGUGGUAAGCGAAGACUGAGUAUGCAAAAGACUACUUUACCCAGACCAUCCACUGUUGCUAAGGAGUGCAUUGUGAUUGUUGGUGGUAUCGAUGUCUACAUUCAAACCAGUGUAGAAAUGUAUGAGCCACAUAAAGAUAAAUGGAGUAAGCUGCCUGAUCUCCCCGAAAUGGUAUCUUGGUAUAGUGUGUCAUCAUUACACAAUAACGUUUAUGUACUUGGUGGAAUCGUUAAUGGUCGUAUUGUGCCAACUGCCUGGAAGUUUGACUCAGCUAAACGACUCUGGUCAAAAAUAAUGCCUAUGAUUACAGCGAGAGCUAAGCAUGUUUCGACAAGCAUGGACAACAAGAUAUUUGUGUUAGGAGGGAUUAAAGCAGAUGAUACCACAGAUGUCGAAGAAAUAGAAUGUUAUGAUUAUGCUACCAAGCAGUGGAGUCUAGUCGGUAGAUCACCUAGCCCCAGGAAGCAGUCGUGUAUUGUGCCCUAUAACCAGACACUUAUUGAAGUCGGGGGAACUGUUGGAUCCAAAACAACCGAGAGUUACGUUUAUAAUGGCAAAACGUUAGUCUACAGUGGAGAACAAUUUGUACUUUCUGAAUCUAUUCAAUUCGCAAAGAUUGUGGUUCUUAAUUCAGUGUUCUUCAUUAUAUGGGAAGAUAGCAAGCAAGUUAUUGCAAUGGACCCUGUAAAGCGAACAUUCCGCCGUCUUGCAGACAUGAAUUACUCUCAUGUUCACAGUGGAAUAUGUGUAAUUGAUAACAGGAUUUACAUAACUGGUGGGCUAAUGGACAGUAAACCAAGCCAGGUGAUAGAGGUAUACGAUUCAGAGUUAGAUACUUGGACAGUUGUGAAAUCUAUGUAUCUGGCCAGAGCUUGCCAUGGAUGUGUUAGCAUUCAGAUGUAAUCUCUUCUCUGAUUGGUCGACAAAAAUUGGUGUGUUCGAGAGUUAAACUACACAUAAUAGUUUAUUAACAGUGAAUACACAUUGUCAUUUCUGGUAGAUUAGAUUAUGUAGAACAAUCAUAAAGGACCUUAGCUAUAAAUUGUUCAAAACUGACCGUUUCAUACGUCAUAUGGCAAGUAUGUACUCAAUUAGUCUCAAUCAGUUCUGAGAACAAGUCAGUAUUGUGCAAAUGUAAUAUGAUGUCACCACCGCAAAUGCAACAUAUUGUUAUAAACACCAACUUUUUGUGGACAUUGUACAUCAGUUGGGGUUCAUUCACAGUUUGGUGUCUAUAACAAAUGGCAGGUGG